AAAUUGAAAGAAGUCAUGGACAUUUUCAGAGAGAGAAUGCUGUUUCUUAUCCACAAACCAAUUCCAAUCCUCUUUUUCAAUUGACAAAUCCACUCCUCAACAACACAACACAACACCACCAUGGCGCUUCUCUGCUUCAAUUCCUUCACUCUCACCCCUCCUCCUUCUUCCUCCUCCUCCAUUUUUGCACUUCCCCCAAGCCCCGCUUCAAGAUUGCAACUUGGUCUGCCCACCAAGUGUUUGAAGGAAGUUCGCAUCUGGGCAGUGCAAAGGAGGAAGAAUGCCAUGAUUGUUUCUGCAGCUGCUGAUUCUGGCGGUGCAGAGGGUGUGGCUUCGCCGGAGGAACCAGGUGAGAGCAAGAAAGAGGGUGAUGCUGUUGUUCCAGUGGACAAGCUUCCUUUGGAAUCAAAGCUGAAGGAGAGGGAGGAGCAGAGGCUGAGGAUGAAGCUAGCUAAGAAGAUAAGGCUGAGGAGGAAAAGACUUGUCCGCAAGAGGCAUUUGAGGAAGAAGGGUAGAUGGCCACCUUCCAAGAUGAAGAAGUUGAAGAAUGUCUGAUACAUUUUGCAGGUUUAAUAAUCCUGAUUAUUCUACUUCUGUUUGUAUUGUCAAUUUUUUUUUUGUUACUUGGCCUGUUAAGUUAAAUCACAUGUAAUUUUGUCUAUGUUGUUAUUUUUUAAUCAAGAUUGUUAGUUUAUGUAGCUCUCCCAAUUUGGUUCUAAUAUUGAGCAUUGACAUAGGGGUUCUGAUUUAGAAUCCAUGCCAUAGGUGAAA